AGGCGGCUCCGUCCCUCUCGGCGGCGGUUUCAAGCGGCGGCGGUGGCGGUGAGGCAGGCUAAGAUGGCGGCAGGAUGAGCGGCGGCCGGCAGCGCACUUUGCUGCAGGUGUGGCGGGCGCCUGAGGGCAGAGCGGAGCGGAGGGAGCCGGCCGCGGACAGCGAUGACGAGCUGCUGCUGGCAGCCGCAGCCGCGGCCGACCCCGGCCCGCCGCAGGGCUUCAGCGAGGCCGCGGGCUCCAUCUGGAUCUACCCCACCAACCUGCCCGUGCGCCCCUACCAGGAGCGCAUGGCCGGCGCCGCGCUGCUGGCCAACACGCUGGUGUGCCUGCCCACCGGGCUGGGCAAGACCUUCGUGGCCGCCGUGGUCAUGUACAACUUCUACCGCUGGUUCCCCUCGGGCAAGGUGCUGUUCCUGGCCCCCACCAAGCCGCUGGUGGCUCAGCAGAUGGAGGCGUGCGGCCGCGUCAUGGGCAUCCCGUGCCGGGACAUGGCGGAGAUGACAGGAGGAACCCAGGCUCUGGGCCGCCGGGAGCUGUGGAACACCAAGAGAGUCUUUUUCCUCACCCCUCAGAUAAUGGUCAAUGAUCUCUCUCGUGGGACCUGUCCUGCUGUGGAGAUCAAAUGCCUGGUUAUUGAUGAAGCCCACAAAGCCCUUGGCAAUCAUGCCUACUGCCAGGUUGUGAGGGAGCUGAGCAAAUACACCAACCAAUUCCGGGUCCUGGCGCUGAGUGCCACCCCAGGCAGCGACACCAAGGCUGUGCAACAAGUUAUUUCCAACUUGCUGAUUGCUCGGAUAGAGGUGUGUGCUGAAGAUUCUCCUGAAAUUCAGCCUUAUUCUCACGAGAGACAAGUGGAAAAAAUUGUAGUUCCACUUGGGGAAGAACUGGUAGAAUUUCAGAACACUUACAUCAAGGUGCUGGAAGCAUUUGCUGGGCGCCUGAUUAAGGUGGGAGUUUUAUCCAGGAGGGAUAUUCCCAACCUGACCAAGUACCAGAUCAUCCUGGCAAGGGAUCAGUACAGGAAGAACCCCUCUGCACAACAUGCAGGAAUCCAUCAAGGCAUCAUUGAAGGAGACUUUGCCCUUUGUAUCAGUCUGUACCACGGCUACGAGCUGCUGCUGCAGAUGGGAAUCCGCUCCUUGUUCAUCUACCUGUGGGGAAUCAUGGAUGGCUCCAAAGGAUUGUCCCGCACCAAGAGCGAGCUGGGGCGCAACCAGGACUUCAUGGAGCUCUACCAGCACCUUCAGGACAUGUUCUCAGACACUGCUGUGACUCCUGAGAGUGGAAGUGCUGGCAACAGCACAACAGCAUUGGAAAAGAAAAAGGAAUUUGUCUACGGCCAUCCAAAAUUGAAGAAAUUGGAGGAGAUUGUAAUAGAACACUUCAGAUCCUGGAAACAGGGAGGUUCUGCAGGUGAGGACAGGAGCGAGGGCUGCCCCGGGGACACGAGGGUGAUGAUCUUCUCCUCGUUCCGGGACAGCGUGCAGGAGAUCGCCGAGAUGCUGGCGCGGCUCAGCCCGGCCGUGCGCGCCAUGACCUUCGUGGGACACUCCUCGGGCAAGAGCACCAAGGGCUUCACCCAGAAGGAGCAGCUGGAGGUGGUGAGGCGAUUCCGGGAGGGCGGCUACAACACGCUGGUGUCCACGUGCGUGGGCGAGGAGGGGCUGGACAUCGGCGAGGUGGAUCUGAUCGUGUGCUUCGACGCGCAGCGCAGCCCCGUGCGCCUGGUGCAGCGCAUGGGCCGCACCGGCCGCCGCCGCCACGGCCGCAUCGUCGUCAUCCUGGCCCAGGGCCGCGAGGAGAGGACCUACAACCAAAGCCAGUGUAACAAAAGGAGCAUCCACAAAGCCAUCUCAGGGAACAAAACCCUUCGUUUCUACCAGCACAGCCCACGGAUGGUUCCAGAAGGCAUCAAUCCCAAAGUGCACAAAAUGUUUAUCACUGCUGAAAAGCAGGAGCAGAGCACCUCCAGGGUGCUUUCCAAAGAGAGGAGAUGCAGUUCCCUGCAGCACAAAUCUGCUCUCUCUGCCUGUGUCACUGGCCAAAAGCAAACAAACUCCCACGAGAGCUGGUCCUUGUCCCCCGAGGAGUUUGAAAUAUGGGACAGGCUCUACAGGAUUAAGGAAAGUGAUGGGAUAAAGGAACCAGUGUUACCUCGAGUUCAGUUUGAAACCUUGGAAAACCUGGAGGAAACACCAAAGGAGGGGGCAGCUCGGGAGCUCUCCCUGACUGAGUGGAGCGUUUGGCAGAAUCAGCCUUUGCCCACAUCCCUGGUGGAUCACUCGGAUCGUUGUCACCUCUUCAUCAGGGCCAUGGACAUGAUGGAGCUGAUGAGGCACCAGCAGGGAGACUGCAGCUAUGAGCAGGAGCUCCAGCCUCACCUCAGGAUGGAAGAUGUGAACAUUCCAGGGAACAAAAGGAGAGCUCGCUGCUCCAGGAAAGACCUGGCAAGAUCCAAACCCAAACCAUUCCCUCCUGAUGCAGGUGACGACGAGAGUGAGUUCUUUGCCACCUUUAAAAGAACCAAAGCCAAGGCUCCCAGAAGAGCCCCUGGGCUCAGUGAGGAAGUGCCUGUGGUGCCUCAGGAUCCCCCUGCCCCUACCUCAGGAACGAGGCUUGCUGUGCCUGGACCCUCUCACCCAGGCAGUGACAAGGACGAGGGGAUGGAGGUGACAUUUGAUUUAAAUGCAUUUAUUGACCUGUGUGACAGCAGUGACAGCUCUGAAGGCCCUGCCAGUCCAGCAGCACAGAACAGCCCUGCAGGUGAGGCCUGUGGGGCCCUGGGGAGGAUCCACAGGGACUCAGGGUACGAGACCUCCCCCGUGGCCUCAGACCUGUUCUAUCUCCCUGAAUCCUGCAGGGAUUCCUUCACCCUGCCAGGGCCGCCCCAGGAGCCCCCGGGGCUGGAACAAACAUUUUCCCAGGUGCAAAGGCUUUUGUCACAGUCCCCUCCCUCUGGGGAUGAACUGGAGGGUUUGGAGAGCCUGAUGAGAGAGGAGGGAACAAGAUCUUCUCCAGAAGUUCUCCCUGAUGGUCGCUCAGAGGCACUGCAGGACAGCGUCUCCCCCACGUCCCCAAAACCUGAUCCUUCCCUGCUGCUCCUGGUGAAUCCCAAAGCAACACUUCCCAGGGAACUCUGUGCCUCAAGAAGUCCCCAUUUGUCCAAAACCGUGUCAUCUGCCAAGGCUGCUGCUGUUGAAGAGGAGCAGCUCUGGAAUGACAGCUUUGAUGGCCUGUUCGACGGCGAGGAAUUCCCUGAAAUCCCAAACAACGCUCCCAGCAGGGACCAGCCCCUGGCAAACGGCCCUGCAAAGGAGCCUUUCCUUCCCAAGGACACAGCAGAGGCUGCCCUGGCAGUUCCUGGUGAGGAGCAGAGUCUGCAUUUGUUUGAGGAUGAGGCUGGUGAGGACACGGGCGAGGGCAGCCCCGUGAGCACUGAGCCUCCAGCUGGGACCAUCCCUGGGGCAGAGGGGCAGCCAGGCAGGGACCUGCCCCGUGUGAGCCCCACCCAGCCCCGCAGGGAGCCCAUGGGGACAGCAGCAGUGGCCCUGGAGCAGGAUGAUCCCUACGACUGCUCCCAGGACCUGUUCUCUGUCACCUUCGACCUGGGCUUCUCCCUCGAGGACAGCGGGGACGAGAGCCCUGAGGAGAGCAGGAGUGCUGGUGAGCCCACGCCGAACAGAGCCCUGGGGAGUGCCAGCACAGCCCUGAGGGAUGGCUGCAGGCUGGAAACCUCCCCAGGGUGGGACUGCAGGAGGCUGCAGAGCAGGGACAUGUCCACACCGCUGUCACACCUGAGCAGGGGCAGGAAUGGCAGCGAAGGGGCCGGGGGUGCUCCUGCUGCAGGGGCUGUGCUCGAGUCAGGAGGCAGCAGGAGGGGAAGGGAACGCCCUGAACCUGUGCCUUCAGCACUUCUGACCCCAACGAGCAGGAAGGGUGUGAAUAUCAAGGCUGUCAAAAGAAUCUCUAUGGAAGUCUUCUCGAAUGCCAGGGAGCAAAUUCCAGAGGUGCCUCCUGUAGAUCAAGUCAAAGAGAGCCCAUGGAGGCAGAACUUUGGGAGAUCAGCCUUGGAUUCCCCUCCAGGAAGGACAGAAAGCCUGGAGAACACCAAACUCCAUGGAUCCCAUGCUGCAGGACCCAGCAGUGACAGCGAGGAAGAGAUUGUUUUCCAGAGGAAAAAAAGGAUAAAAAAUAAUGUUUUGAAGUCUCCUGAUGGGAUGGAUGGGAGCGACCUGGAGUCGCCAGCUCGGGUCACCAGGAAACGCCGGCGCCCUCCCAGCAUGUCAGACACCUCCAGUGAGGACAGCGGGGAUUUCCAGAGGGGCAGGAGCAGCUCCAGGGCCCGGCCAGGAGGAGCCAAAUGUGCCAGGAGCUGUGGGACAGCCAAGGCUGCAGGCAGGCAGUUCCUGCAGGAGGAGGCCGAGCUGUCCCUGCUGGAUGCUGAGGGCAUCUCGUCGGACGAGAGCGACGGCACCGGGGAGGAGCUGAGCCCGUCCCUGGCCCAGUUCCUCGAUGAUGAAGGGGAACCCACACAGGCCCUCAAUGACAGCGAGAUGAGGGCCGUGUACCUGAGCUCCGUGCGCAGCCCCGCCCUCGGCAGCCGCUACAAGAUGGUGCACAGGCACUUCAGCCCCUCGGCCAUCUUCUCCCAGAUCCCCGAGCAGGACGUGACCUAUGCUGAGGACAGUUUCUGCGUGGGGGAUGAGGAGGAGGAGGCUCCCAGUGGCUGCAGUGAGGAGGAAGAGUGUGUGGAUUUUGCUCUGCUCACCAGGGAGGGCAGCAGCAGCAGGCAGCGGUACCUGACCCGCCGCAGGAGGAGGCUGAGCCAGGCCCCGGGGCAGAAGAAACCUUCCAGAAUCAUUGUCCUGAGUGACUCCAGCGAGGAGGAGACGGGAGCCAGCAGGGAGAGGCCCCUGGAAGCAGGGCAGCUCCCCAAGGCUCUGCCCAAAGCCCCCUCUGCACAGCCCAGGAGCGGGGCUGGGGAAGCCACAGCUCCUCGGGCUGGAGGGCAGGACACUGAGAGGCUGCUGGGCCUCGAAGCUUCCGUGUCUGGGAUGUUGGAUCCAGCCCCAGAGCAGCCAGGCAGGAGCACAUCCAUGCCCCCAGCUGGCUCUGGCUGCAGGAACACGGAUCUGCAGGCUGCUGCUGAGGUGUCCAGCUCUUUGAAGACCCACAGGAGCAGCUCAGGCUCGGCGCCUCCUGCUGUCCCAAAGCCUUCCUCAGCCGGGGCUGGGAUUUGCAGCGUUGCCUCUGAGCGCAGCCCCUCGCUGUGCAUCCUGGCCGACAGCCGCGAGAUGUGCUCGGGGCCGGAGGUGCUGUCGUGCCUGCGGGCCGGGCACGGGCUCCGGGUGCAGGUUUGCUCCCUGGGCAGCAGCGAUUACAUCGUCAGCAACCGCCUGGCCGUGGACAGGGUGCUGCAGUCGGAGCUGCAGAGCCCCGGGAACAGGAACAAACUGAGCCAGAGGCUGCAGCGCCUGCAGGGCAUCUUCGAGAGGAUCUGUGUGAUUGUGGAGACAGACAGGGUCAGGCCAGGAGAGACAUCCCGGUGUUUCCAGAGGACUCAGCACUACGAUGGAGCGCUCUCAGCCUUGGUGCAGGCUGGGAUAAGGAUCCUCUUCAGCUCCUGCCAGGAGCAAACCGCAGCUCUGCUGAAGGAGCUGGCUCUGCUGGAGCACAGGAAGGACGCUGCCAUCCAGGUGCCAACGGAGCCAGAGGGGCACGGCCGGGACCUCCUCAACUUCUACCUGAGCAUUCCCAACCUCAGCUACGGAGCUGCCCUCAACCUCUGCCACUCCUUCGGCUCCAUCACAGCCGUGGCCAACAGCUCGGUGCCGGCGCUGGCGGCGGGGGCGCGGCUGAGCCGGCCCCAGGCCGAGGAGCUCCAUCGCUUCCUGCGCCACCAGUUCGAUCUGCAGCUGCUGCCGGAGCCCCUGCCCGCCAAGGGCAAGGGCUGAGCCCGGCGCUCCGGGCCCUGCACUGCACUUUACCCGGUCGGGAUUGGAUGUAAAUAAUGUAAAUAAACACUUGUCGAACCUCA